UAAAUAUUGCAAAAUUUUGGCAACUCUGCCAGUUUCUCGAAAUCUGCCUGUGUGACGUGACGCGUGUGUUAUUUUUAUUUCGUUUAUGUAUGUGAACAAAAAAUGUGAAUUAAGAUGCGACGAAUUGAUCGAAUUUUGUUGAAUGCCUUGGAACAUAAAGUUACCGAUAAAUCUGAGUUACCAGAUGAGAAGAAGAUAUGGAAGAGAUAUCUGCUGCGAAAACGACGGUGCAGCCGCCUGCAAAGAGCUUGAUAGGUACCUACAACUUUUUGGUUUGCGAUAUGGAAAUAUAUCUGGGGCUCCGUCAGAACUUGAAGCUGAUUCGUCCAAAGACAUAAAUUGCCAAGAUGACGAAUUUCAAGAUGCAAGUAAUCCUUUGUGCCCUUCAAUGAGUCUGGCGGUAAUUAAAGCUAAUGAAAUUGUGGGAUCAGAUGUGGAAUCUCCAGCUGCGCCUGCAUACUCCACUGACUCCGCUUCUGACUACGCAAAAAGCCAUAGUUACGACAUGUGUUGAAUCUCCAGCUGCCCCAGUAUAUUCUCCGCUUACUCCUCUUACUACACGGAAAGAAUCUGAAAA